CGGAAGUGCACGCCACGCCUUCCCAGCCCCAUCGCCAUAUAAGAAGGGCCGCGCAGGCCACCGAGGGAUCCCCAGGCCCUGCUCAGCAUCUCCAAGACCGCCCCUUCUCCGCCAUGCUCGCCCGCCUUCUCCCCAUCGUCGCCCUCGCCGUCGCCGCGGUCGUCGCGAAGCCGGUCGUCAUCCGCGACUCGCCGAUCACGCUCGCGGUCGCGCGCCGCUUCAACGCGACCGCCGCGCCGAACAUCCUCAAGGCGGACCAGGCGCGCGCGAAGGCGCUCAAGCAGCAGGCGCAGGGCAAGCACACGAGCCUCAAGGCCGCCCAGGCUGCGCUGCCCGUGACGAACGGCGCGGUCACCUACACUGCUAGUGUCGGUGUAGGCGAGCCCGCGACUCAGUACGACCUCAUCGUCGACACUGGCAGCUCCAACACGUGGGUCGGGGCCGGCAUUGACUACGUGCAGACGUCGAGCAGUGUGGACACCGGCGACGAGGUGGAGGUCAGCUACGGAUCCGGCAUCUUCUUUGGGGAGGAGUUCCUCGAUACCGUCACCCUCGGGAGCCUCGUCAUCCCGAACCAGUCUAUCGGUGUAUCUGAGUUUGCGAUCGGCUUCGACGGCGUCGACGGCAUCCUUGGCCUCGGCCCUGUCGACCUCACUCAGGGCACGACGUCCAGCGGGGGCGAGAUCCCCACUGUUCUCGACAACGCGUUCGCGCUGGGUCUAAUCGACGCUGAGCUCGUCGGCAUCUCGUUCGAACCCACCACCGAGCUGUCGACCACCAACGGAGAGCUGACCUUCGGCGGUACCGACUCGAGCAAGUACACCGGCGACAUCGCAUAUGUCCCGGUCACCUCGACGUCGCCUGCGUCCUUCUACGUCGGCAUCGACCAGACCAUCACUUACGGUUCGGCUGCGACCCCCAUCCUUCCUUUGACCGCCGGUAUCACCGACACUGGCACCACCCUCGUUCUUAUUGCUAGUGAUGCGUUCAGCGCAUACCAGACUGCCACCGGCGGUGUGCCCGAUAACAACACCGGUCUCCUGAAGAUCACCGCGGACCAGUUCGCAGCCCUCGAGAGCUUGUUCUUCAACAUCGGCGACAACACCUACGAGUUCACCGCCAACGCCCAGAUUUGGCCCCGUGCGCUCAACACUGCCAUCGGCGGGGACGCGGACAGCAUAUACCUGAUCGUCGCUGACAUCGGCUCCAACUCCGGCGAGGGUCUCGACUUCAUUGACGGGUUCACAUUCCUCGAACGUUUCUACAACGUCUGGGAUGUCGCGAACGCACAGGUCGGCUUUGCCACCACGUCGUUCACCACCGCUACCACCAACUGAGCGAGCGGUUUGAUGGGGCAACGGACAAGUCUGUAAACACAACGGCCAAACACACUUGGACAUUUGUAUGCUCUGGAUGUAGAGUUGCAGAAAUAUACCUCGGAUUACG